UCAGUUUAUGACAAAAAACUUGCAAGAACAUAUCACAUUUUGUUAGAUUUAAUAGCAGCAGGGCACUGUUGACUGAAAUCGCUUGUCUAACACACAUGUUAAAAAUACUCUAUUUACUUUGUUUUUUUUUAAUAAAUGCUUGAGUACAUUUUGAAUGAAUAAGUAAAUAGUUGUGUUUUAAAUCAUCAAUGUACAGCAAGAGACUGCAAGUAUUACAUGCAUUUUUAACAUAAGGAUUGCGACAGAUGGGCAAAAUUCCCUAAAAGGGCAGUUCCUCUUUAAGACACCCCCCCACCACCACCCCACAUCACAGUACAAAGAAAAUUAUGCAUUUUUUUUUCCACACCUUACAUUUAUCAAUGUUUUGCUGACCAGUAUUGAUAUGCAAGACCAUUGAUUUCUUUUGCGAUCCAGUACUGAAUAAUUACAGGCAGGUUUUGGCCAAACCAAUCUGAUACUUGGUGGUAAUACAGCGUUUGUGUCUGAUGCUCCCAGCCGUCCAGAUUGACAGGAGUGAUGGGAUGUGUCAACUAGAUAAGACGUCUUUGGAUGAUGUAAUCAGACUGAAGGACUCAUCUGCAGUGUUGACGCCGGAGCGAGACAAAGGCGGGAAGGAGGAAGAGUGGGUGGACUCUGGUGAUACAAACAUGGGCGUGGGCAAGAACACCUCCUCCAAGUCAAUGGACAGCGGGAGCGACGGAGGGAAAUAUGAAGAGGAGAGCAAACACGGAGCGGACUUCUACCCCAUUCCGGUGGUGGUAAAUGGAGUGGGUGGAGCCAAUGGAGACCAGGAUACAGAGAACACAGAGCUGAUGGCCAUCUACGCUAAAGAUCAGGGAGUGGAAAAGAGCUCAAUGUCAGAGACGUUGGACAGCUCAGACAGUGCGGAUGUGAGGAGGAUGGACAUGAUUUAUAUUAUAGAAGACACUCCGCCUUGGUACCUGUGUGUGUUUUUAGGGCUACAGCACUAUCUAACAUGCUUCAGUGGAACCAUAGCCGUACCAUUCCUUCUCGCUGAAGCCAUGUGUGUUGGCUUCGACCAGUGGGCAACCAGCCAACUCAUUGGGACCAUCUUCUUUUGUGUGGGGAUCACCACCCUCCUACAGACCACACUGGGCUGCAGGUUGCCUUUGUUCCAGGCCAGUGCUUUUGCCUUCCUCGCCCCAUCCAGAGCCAUUCUGUCACUGGACAAAUGGAAGUGUAACAACACAGAAAUACUGGGGACAAACGGCACAGAGAUCCUCCACACAGAGCACAUCUGGCAUCCCAGGAUACGAGAAAUCCAAGGGGCCAUCAUUGUGUCAUCUCUGGUGGAGGUGUUUAUUGGGGCGCUGGGUCUGCCUGGGCUCCUCCUGAAGUAUAUUGGGCCUCUGACCAUCACCCCCACUGUGGCCCUCAUCGGCCUCUCUGGUUUCCAGGCUGCAGGGGAGAGAGCGGGCAAACACUGGGGCAUCGCUAUAAUGACUAUUUUUUUGGUGCUUCUCUUCUCCCAGUAUGCCAGAAACGUCCACUUCCCAUUGCCUGUCUACAAAGCAAAGAAAGGCUGGACUACCUACAGGCUGCAAGUGUUUAAAAUGUUCCCAAUCAUCAUGGCCAUCCUGGUGUCAUGGCUGCUGUGCUUCAUCUUCACGGUGACAGACGUCUUCCCACCUGUGAAAGACAAAUAUGGCUACUACGCCCGCACAGAUUCACGCCAUGGGAUCCUCUCAGCUGCACCCUGGUUCAAGAUCCCAUAUCCCUUCCAGUGGGGGAUCCCUACUGUGACAGCUGCAGGUGUGAUCGGCAUGAUGAGUGCGGUGGUUGCCAGCAUCAUCGAGUCUAUCGGCGACUAUUACGCCUGCGCCCGUCUCUCGUGCGCCCCUCCGCCACCUAUCCACGCCAUCAAUCGGGGGAUAUUUAUCGAGGGCGUUUCCUGUGUGUUGGAUGGUCUUUUCGGGACAGGGAAUGGUUCCACCUCUUCCAGUCCAAACAUAGGUGUUCUGGGAAUAACAAAGGUGGGCAGCAGGCGUGUGAUCCAGUACGGAGCCGCUAUGAUGCUGCUCCUGGGACUUGUGGGUAAAUUCAGCGCCCUGUUUGCCUCGCUGCCCGACCCUGUGCUGGGAGCACUGUUCUGCACCUUGUUUGGGAUGAUCACAGCGGUGGGGCUGUCCAACCUCCAGUUUGUGGAUCUCAACUCUUCCAGGAACCUCUUUGUUCUGGGCUUCUCCAUCUUCUUUGGUCUGAUGUUGCCCAGCUACCUCAAACAGAACCCGCUGGUCACAGGUAUUGCUGAGAUUGACCAAGUGUUGAAUGUGCUCCUCACCACGGCCAUGUUUGUAGGAGGCUCAGUGGCUUUUAUUCUGGACAAUACUAUUCCAGGCUCUCCUGAGGAGCGAGGAAUCAGGAAGCUAAAACGAGGCUCGGGUCCGAGUGCCGCCGAGCUGGAAGGGAUGCGCUCAUACGACCUGCCCUUUGGAAUGGACUUCAUUCGCAGACACGCUGUCUUCAAGUACCUCCCCAUCAGCCCGACCUUCGCCGGCUAUCAGUGGGGAGGUCUGUGGGAAGCCUGCAGGAGCAGGGCGGGACACGGGGAUGCGGGGAAGGGAGGAGGAGGUGGAGCCGUGGAGGGAGGCGCCACUCAGGGGGAGAGUCUGGCAUAGCCCGACCAAAUAGUGUGUGAAUUUGGGAGCAAGGGAAGGUACACUGAGCGGAAAGGAUGUGAGAGCAUGGUGCAGGAUGUGGACAACAUGUGAAGUGUGUGUUUUCUUGUGUCACUUCCCACUAUGCUAUCUUUAGCAUGCUUAAAGCAAGUUGCAGCCAGCAUGCUCCCAAAAAGAUGCCACCAUGUGGAGACUAGUUGGUGUGUCUGCAUGUGUGCAUUCAUUACACUGGCACUUUAACACUCGAUGAUCACUUUUUAGCACCUAAUCGUUUCUUUUUAUAAUCUGCCAACCUAGAAUUAUGCAACAAAAAGGUCCCAAUGCACAUUAUACAUGGACACACACCAACAGCCCUACAAAAACUAGCUUCGACAGCACUGCAGCACAAGGAUGCAUGUCUGCCUGGUUCAAAGGGGCCGUCAGGCACCCUCAGCUCAGUGAUGGUUUACUUUUUCUUCUUUAUGCUGUCUCCAUAGUCCAGAAUCUACUUCCUCACUCCCUGGCAAGCAACUCUAAACUUAACCGGCACUCAAUUUACAUCAAGGAUGAUCUAAUGGUUUACUUACAGUGCCAGUCAAAAGUUCACUGGUGCUGUUGUGUGUGUGUAUGGCGUCAGCAUUAUCCACACUUGACAUUUAUAUGAGCAGAAUCCCCAAAUCAGAAUGCCCUUGUUCUAUCAUUUGGAUAUUUUAAAAUGACUUCCUGGAGUUAUCCUCACUUCCGCUACCGUUAUUCUUGCCAGUGUUAAUGUAAACAUAUGUUCCAUACAGGCAGCAUUGUGGCACAUGUGCUAAGCACAUCUUCCUUUAUAGUGUGCAUGCUCUGAUGGGUUUUCCGCGGCUUCCUCACAAAGUCCAAAAACGUGCAUGUUAGGUACAUUGAAGACUCUAAAUUGUCCAUAGGUGUCAAUGGUUGUUUGUCUAUAUGUGCCUUGUGAUUGGCUGGCGACCAGUCCAGGGUGUACCCCGCCUCUUACACGAAAACUGCUGGGAUAGGCUCCAGUAUACCCGCGACCCUAGUGAGGAUAAUGCUCUGAACAAUUAAUGCUGAGUUGCCAUUCUGUGACUGACCUUUAAACAGCAGCCUAUGUAGUUGAGACUUGAGUAACAGCGCCUGGACCUGCUACACUCCAUUUUGCCUCAUUUUCUUCAAGACGGUAAUCCAACAACUGAUUCCACAGAAUCCACCUCUCUAGCCUUACUGCAUGAGCUAAUACAGGUAGUGGAAGUGAGGGUAGCUCCUUGGAAGAACAACCAAAGUGGUUCCAGUGAAAUCUCUUUAAAGCGGUUCCACAUGGUACCUCAGCAACGUGGCCUUAGCUAAGAAAUUACGUCAAAUUCCGGCCCUUGAAAUGAUCUCUUUGCAGGGAUUCUCUGUUACGUGUUGGAUGGGUGACGCUACACUGUACAACUUCUCUUCAACGGCGCCUGUUAGUUACAGUUGCAAAAGGUGCAAAGUUGGUUAUGUAACAAGCGUUUGACACUUUUGCUGAUGCUGUUUUCACUCAUUCACUCACUCCCACCUUAUAGUAGUAAUAUGAUAAACACGUGUUAAACUGGGUAAAAUAUCACAAAUUGAAAACGUGUCCAGUUGAGAUUUGGCAAAUAAACCAAAAAGUGACUUAGUUUUUUUUAGUUUUGUUCUGUUACCAAAAAAAACGUAACACGUUCCCCGUUAUGACCUAUAUUUCAAUUAGUUUUUUAAGCUAUUUAUUUAUUUAUAGGAGGUGUGUCAGGCUUGGCUGAAGCAUGUCUCUGUGUGUCUUGCACAAUGGUAAAAGCUAAUUUAGGAUUUCUUAGUCUCGCCGUAUAAAAAAAGAUGAAAAGCCACCCUUAGCUUCAGCUAACUGCUAUAGAUUGUUUACCUUAUAAGGCAUCGUGGCUGCUCCUGCUGCUGCUCUCCUAUUCAUGUCAGGGCCUUUUAUGAUUUCAUAUAUUUAAGAGGUGCCAAGAAUAUAUUCUCGUUAACCUUUAAAUGUUGAUAGAAUGGACCACAUUAUACUACUGGGCCUUAAGUCUUUAUUUAGCUGACUGUUAGUGGCCACUUGUGUGGAAAGAUGUUAAUACUCGGGAUGGGCAUUGAAUUAGAUUUCACCUUAACACCAGUUCAUUUUUUGUAAUCCUGCCUAGAUUGUUAUUCCACAGAUAUAUACGUACUAUAUUCAUGCGACUCUUUCAAUUUUUCAAUAACAGCUCUACUGGUUGCACUCUACUGUUUCAUUACAUGUUUACCAUAAACGCUCUAAUUAUAAUAAUUAUAUGGUGUUUAUUCACUUCCCGUGCCACUUUGCACUUUAAAUUUCUGACUCUAUCACAGUUUUCCAAAAAUGUAUUAAUACCUCAUGAUGUUUGGUGGUUGAAUAUGCCCUAAAAUUAUUUUUUAAUGCAUUUUUAAGUGACUGUUGCGUAUUUUUACCUAAAUUAAGAAUUUUCAAGCAUAAAAUACAAAGCAUAACAAGAUAUUACGAAUGUAGUUCUCUAUAUUGGUCACUAGGUGUCAGUAAUUGUUGGGUGAGGUGAGCACCAGACUUGACGGCCGGAACACCAAGUUAUUAUUUAGGUUUAUAUCAUCUCGCAUCAGGCACAAUAAUUAUAAUAAUAUUAGUAACAUGUUGCGGCCAUUACCCGCGCAAAGCUGCAACUCAACUCUGAACCCCCGUCGCUCACUCAGGUCCCCGAGGUGAACACAUAGUAACACGAAGACAAGUUUUAUUUAUGUCUUAAAUGCCGUAUUUACUCAUAGGUCAAUUAUAUUGAGCCAUGCAAUUCUAAAGGUGACUAUAGGGGUGUUAUUUCAUGUUAAGAGGUAUUAUGUUACAAACCCAAUUAAGACAGGUUUGCUAGGCUCUAACGACACAAAUAUUUCAUUCAAAGAAAAUUUAUCACGGUCGGGUUGGGAACCAAUUAACCGUGAUAAACGAGGGACUACUGUGUUCAAAUUACUUCAUUUUUCUAACUUGAAUGAUUUAGAUCACAUGAGAAAGUGGAAAGAAAAAUGUGGCUCUCUGAACAAGUAUAUUGCACAACACAGUAGAAACACAACCAAUGUUGCAAUUGCGGUCAGGAGCUAACUGCUCAGUCUACAUUAAUGCUAAUAUGGCAGGAGUAAUGUGCCUGAAUUUCACACCAACAGCUGCCGAGCUCCAACAUUUAUAAGCGCAUGCAGAGGUAGAUAAAGCUAUUUGUUGUGCCCUGUCGCUAAUUACAGCGGUAGAACACGUACGCAGAAACUGCUUAAUAGAAUAGAGGCGUUGAUUGGAACGUUUAGGGUAAACAUUCCCUUUCUGCACCAUCAACAAAUUAAUUAUGAUGCCCAUCCCUGGUUAACAUGAAACAAAGGGUAAAAGAAAGAUGUAACUUUUGACUCUAUGUGACAAAACAUCACACAGUUCGCGCAGCCUCGCACUUAUGCAAGUGGCACUUAUUACACACACCCUGCCUCUCCUGUCCUGCAGUGUUGGGUGUACCCGUUUUUCCUUCCCGGAAAGUCGUACUGUUGAUGUUUAAGGACGCAGGAGAAAAAGAAAACGCCUGGCCUCCUUAUUAAGAGCUAUAGCUGCAAGUCAAUGUGGUUGUCGUGGAAACCCGCCUCAUCACAACAUGGCAGAGAUGAUUCUCUGAUUGGCCGAUGUAUUCUUACAGAACUGGACCUCCUGUAUUGUUUACUGACUUGAAGCAGCAGGUGGUUUCUAAUAAGGUGGCCAGAGGAAGUCCCAUUCAGUUCUUAUGAAGGGGGUGCUACAUGUAGAAUAUUCUUUGGUGUAUUUCCUGUUUCAUCUUUGUAACUGUUCUUUAUAUAUAUAUAUAUAUACAUAUGUAUGUGUGUGUAUAUAUAUAUAUAUAUACACACACACAUAUAUAUGUAAAUAAUACACAUGUUUUUAUUGCAAGCAAACAUUUGUAAGGAAGAUCAUAACUUUUAAUCUUAAAUCAUGCUGGAAAGUGCACUGUUUUGUUGUACUUAAAAAAGAAAACAUUUUGAUCAGCUCGUGUUUUGGGGAAAUCUUUUUGGAUUAGGUAGUUUUUUUUUAUACUCGAACAGUGCUUUUAUUUCAGUCAUUAACACAUAAAAAUCAAAGAACAGGCUUAAUACUUAACAAUUUUUGAUUUAACUGAGUCAAGUUUGCUCAAUUGAACUUUGGAAGAUAAGUUGUGUAAAAUAAUUGUAGCAACCAAAUGUUUUAUUCUUUGUUCCUGAUAUUUAAUAAGAUGUUUCAGAAUGUA